AUGAAAGGUAUUCAGAUAGCUAUAGAUAGAGGUGGCACAUUUUGUGAUGUUAUUGCCAAAAUUCCAAAUCAAGCAGAUUAUGUAUUUAAAUUAUUAUCAAUUGAUCCAUUAAAUUAUAAAGAUGCACCGACCGAAGGUAUUCGAAGAGUCUUGGAGAAAGUAACUGGUCAAUCAAUCGAUAAAAAUUCAAAGUUGAACCUUGAUUUAAUUGAAAGUGUAAGAAUGGGAACAACUGUGGCUACAAAUGCAUUAUUAGAAAGAAAAGGUGCUAAAGUAUUAUUGGUUACGACCAAAGGUUUCAAAGAUGUUUUAUUGAUUGGUAAUCAAACAAGACCGCAUAUAUUUGAUUUAACAGCAAAGAAAUUAUCACACUUAUACUCAAAAGUGUUAGAAAUUGAUGAAAGAAUAACAAUUGCAGGGUUUUCUGAAGGAGGUGGAUCAAAAUUAAAACUAGAUAUGUCUGAUCCAGAAUUAAUCGAAAGUGUAAGUGGUGAUAUAAUUAAAAUUAUAAAGAAACCAGAUUAUGAAAAAGUUAAACAAGAUUUACAAGAAAUUUAUAAUCAAGGUGAAAUUAAAACAAUUGCAUUAUCAUUAUUACAUUCAUACGCAUACCCAGAACAUGAAUUACAAGUUGCUAAAAUUGCAAAAUCUAUAGGUUUUAAUGUCUCAGCCUCACAUGAAUUACAACCAAUGUUGGGAUUUGUAAAUCGUACUUCAUCAACAGUUGCUGAUGCUUAUUUAUCUCCAGUUAUAAAUGAUUAUAUACAAAAUUUUGGUCUUGGAUUUGAAGGUGGCUUAGAUGCAUUUGGUAAUAAAUUAUUAUUCAUGCAAUCAAAUGGUGGAUUAUGUCCAUGGUAUAAAUUUACUGGGUUAAAAGCUAUUUUAUCUGGUCCAGCUGGUGGUAUGGUUGGUUUUGGAGAAACAUGUUUUGAUAAAAUUAGUCAAAAGGCAACAAUUGGUUUUGAUGCUGGUGGUACUUCAACUGAUGUUUCAAGAUAUUCAGGCAUUUUAGAACAUAUCUAUGAGACUGUAGUUAGUGAAGUUAGUUUACAAACCCCACAAUUGGAUAUUUCAACAGUUGCAGCUGGUGGUGGUUCAAUGUUAUUUUAUAGAAAUGGAAUGUUUGUAACUGGUCCAGAAUCUGCAGGUUCUGAUCCUGGUCCUGCUUGUUAUAGAAAAAAUGGUCCAUUAACAGUAACUGAUGCAAAUUUAUUUUUAGGUAGAUUAUUACCAGAAUAUUUCCCACAAAUAUUUGGUCCUAAUCACGAUCAACCAUUGAAUUGUGAAAUUGUAAAAAAGAAAUUUAUUGAUUUAACUGAAGAAAUUAACGAAGAUAAAGAUGUAAAACUAACACCGGAAGAAGUGGCAAAUGGCUUUUUGAAAGUUGCAAUUGAAUCAAUGGCAAGACCAAUUAGAAAUUUAACUGAAGCUAAAGGGUUUGAAACUUCACAACAUCAUUUAGCAUGUUUUGGAGGUUCAGGUGGUCAAUUUUCUGUAUCAUUAGCUAAAAAUUUGAAUAUUUCGGAUGUUGCUAUACAUAAAUAUUCAUCAUUAUUAUCUGCUUAUGGUAUUCAAUUAGCUGAUAUUGUAAUUGAAAAACAAUCACCAGCAUCAUUUGUAUACGAUGAAAAUACUGAAAUCAUAGAUAAAAAGAUACAAAUACUAAUCGAUGCAGCAAAGAAAGAAUAUGAAGAACAGAAUUUACAACUGGAUAGAAGAUUUCAAGUCUUAUUGAAUAUGAGAUAUGUUGGCUCUGAUACUCAUGUAUUAAUACCUAUUGAAAAAGGUGUAUAUGAUGCAAGUGAGAAAUUUAUUAAAAAGCAUAAAUUUGAAUUUGGUUUUAAUUUAGAUAGAGAUGUUUUAGUUGAUGAUAUUCAAGUUUUAUUAAUUGUUGAAUCUAAAAAAGAAGAACAUAAUCCAUAUCAAGAAUUUGAAAAUAUUACACCUAAACAAAUUUCCCCAAAGAAAUUUCAAAAAAUUUAUUUUGAUCAAUGGUUGGAUUCUGGGGUUUGUGAAUUAGAUAAUUUAUCGGUUGGUGAUGAAAUAAAAGGUCCUGCAGUUAUAAUAGAUGAAACGCAAACUAUCCUUGUUGAGCCAAAAUCAACAGCAUACAUUUUAAAAUCACAUAUUUUAAUCAAAGUUGAACAUGAGGAACAACCUAAAUUAUCUACAACAGUUGUUGAUCCAAUACAAUUAUCAGUUUUUGGCCAUAGGUUUAUGUCAAUUGCUGAACAAAUGGGUAGAACAUUACAACAAACUGCAAUUUCAACAAAUAUAAAAGAAAGAUUAGAUUUUUCAUGUGCUUUAUUUGAUCAUAAUGGUGAUUUAAUAGCUAAUGCUCCUCAUAUUCCUAUCCAUUUAGGCUCAAUGUCAUAUGCGGUCAAAGCACAAAUUGAGAUUUGGAAAGAUAAAUUGGAACCUGGAGAUGUAUUAGUUUCAAAUCAUCCAAAAGCUGGUGGUUCUCAUUUACCUGAUAUAACAGUUAUAACACCAGUAUUACAAGAUGAUAAACCAAUUUUCUUUCUUGCUUCAAGAGGUCAUCAUGCUGAUAUAGGUUCAAUUGCAGCUGGUUCAAUGCCACCAAAUUCAAAAACUAUAUAUGAGGAAGGUGCAGCUAUAAUUAGUCAUAAAUUAUGCUCAAAGGGAGUAUUUGAUGAACAAGGAAUAACUAAAUUAUUACUCGAAGAGCCAGCAAAAUAUCCUGGAGGCUCAGGAACUCGUGCAUUAAGUGAUAAUAUAUCAGAUUUAAAAGCUCAAAUUGCUGCAAAUUAUAAAGGUAUCAAAUUAUUAAAUAAAUUGGUUGAUGAAUUUACAUUGAAUGUUGUUAAUUUAUAUAUGGAAGGUAUUCAAAAAACUGCAGAAAUUGCAGUUCGAAAUUUAUUGAAAUUAGUUUAUGAAAAAUUUGGUGGUGAUCAAUUAAAAGGCAUUGAUUAUUUAGAUGAUGGAACUCCAAUAUCAUUAAUAGUUACAAUAAAUAAUCAAGAUGGAAGUGCAAUAUUUGAUUUUAGAGAAUCUGGUGAUGAGAUUUAUGGAAAUUUAAAUGCACCAACAGCCAUUUUAAAUUCUGCUGUUUUAUAUGUUUUAAGAUGUUUAAUAUCAACUGAUAUACCUUUAAAUAAUGGAUGUUUAAGACCAAUUAAAGUAUUGACAAGAGAAGAUAGCAUUGUUAAUCCAUCAACUGAUUCUGCUGUCGUUGGUGGAAAUGUCGAAACAACUCAAAGAAUAGUUGAUGUAAUUUUGAAAACUUUUCAAGCAGCUGCUGGUUCUCAAGGGACAUGUAAUAAUUUUACAUUUGGUACUACUGAUCAUCAAAUUUCUUUUGGUUAUUAUGAAACAAUCUGUGGGGGAUCAGGUGCUGGACCAACUUGGAAUGGUCAAUCAGUAGUACAAUGUCAUACAACAAAUACAAGAAUGACAGAUACUGAAUUAUUUGAAAAAAGAUAUCCAGUUAUUGUUCAUGAAUACUCUCAAAGAUUAGAAAGUGGAGGAAAAGGAAACUUUAUGGGUGGUAAUGGUGUAAUUAGAGAUAUUGAAUUUUUAUAUCCAUUAGAAGUUUCAUGUUUAAUGGAAAGAAGAUCACUACCUCCAUAUGGUUUAUUAGGUGGUGAAGAUGGUAAAAGAGGUAUUAAUUAUUGGUAUAGAAAGACAGAAAAUGGGUAUAGUAAAAGAUCAUUAGGUGGUAAAUGUACUGUUAAAGUUUCAAAAGGUGAUAGAAUUGUAAUUAUGACUCCUGGUGGUGGUGGAUUUGGUGAAUCAAAUGAUAAAAUAAAUUAUCCAAUUAAAUCAGACAAUCCAAGUUUAUUGACUGGAAGUAUUGCAAAUCGUACGAUAAUGCAACAAACUAAUUAA